AUGUUCUGGUUAAGUUUCUUAAAGCAGUCAACACUUGUGCAUUUAUGUUUUGCAAUAUCAUACUUUACCUCUGGCCUGCUGCUGAAUUUUGUGCAGGCAAUUUUAUAUUUUGGCCUUCGACCAUUUAAUAAAACAUUGUACAGAAAAAUAAAUUACUACCUCUCAUAUUCAUUUGCAUGUCAAUUGGUGUUUAUGUCAGAAUGGUGGGCAGGAACAAACUUAACAAUUUAUGUUAACAAAGAUGAGUAUGAUAAAUACUAUGGUAAAGAACAUGGGUACCUUAUCAUGAAUCAUAGUUAUGAGAUAGAUUGGCUGAUGGGAUGGCAAUUUUGUGAUGGUAUAGGAGUAUUAGGAAAUUGUAAAGCAUAUGCGAAAAAGUCCAUCCAAUAUAUGCCACCCAUCGGUUGGAUGUGGAAAUUUUCCGAGUUUGUGUUCUUAGAGAGAUCUUUCGAGAAGGACAAGGAAAUUAUAAAGCAGCAGAUUGGGAAAAUUUGCGAAUACCCCGAUCCUGUCUGGCUAUUACUGACACCCGAAGGAACUAGAUUCACCGAAAAGAAACACGAGGCGUCAUUGAAAUUCGCUAUGGAAAAGAAUUUACCGCUUCUAAAGCAUCAUUUGACACCUCGCACUAGAGGAUUUACAACGAGUCUAACUCACUUCAGAGGAAAAAUACCUGUUAUUUACAACAUCCAGUUGGCCUUCGAGAAAGAUGCCAAGGUCCCGCCGACAUUAAUGAGCAUGUUGUUUGGUAAGCCUGUGCAUGCGCACUUGUACAUUGAGCGAAUACCAGUGGAGCAGAUUCCAGAGGGAGAAGCCGAAAGUGCCAAAUGGCUGCACGAUCUCUUCGUCGUAAAGGACAAAAUGAUGGAAUCGUUUGCGAAUACGGGUGAUUUCUUCCAAGAGUCUGGUGUGAAGAGAGUGGAACCGUUCCACCGUCGCCCUCGCAUCUAUUCGCUGUUAAACACGGUGGGAUGGGCCAUCGUAACCCUAACUCCGAUGCUUUAUUACUUAGUGGGACUUCUGUUCAGCGGAAGACUCAUCUACUUCUCGAUUGGCGCCGCUAUUGUCGCAGCUUUUUACAUACUCCUUCAAAAAUCAAUUGGUAUGUCUCAAAUCAGCCACGGUUCUUCGUAUGGAACAGAGAAAAAGUAG